CACAAAACAUAUAUGAAUUGGGUUACGAAACUCUUCGUCUACGUUUUAAGUUCGUGUCACAGUAAUACAGUUUAGAUUUUGACAACAGCUAGCUGUUGUAACCUGCUAAUUUGAGUUUGCCGAUUAAUGGACCUGUCUCAAAAGAUCUCCCGCAGAGCUGCUGACCCACUGCCAUUCAAUGGGAUCCUGCUGAGCGAUUCCCAUUUAUGUAGUUUAUAUUUACGAGAACAUCAUGCAGUUGGAGGCUCAUCUUCGGCUCUGUCAGACUUGUUUUUGGUACUGUAGAAGUUCUCAGCGGCUGUUUUCUCUGUGUGGUGCACACAGGUCACAAACCAAUUACUAUGAACUUCUUGGGGUGAAACCGGAUGCUACGCUGGAACAAAUUAAGUUUGCAUUUUUCGACAAGUCUAAAAAGUUGCAUCCAGACAGUGACCCAUCCAAUCCUGGUCUGCACACACAGUUUGUGCAGCUGAACGAAGCGUACAGAGUGCUGAGCAAAGAAGGUUCCAGACAGGAUUAUGACCUCAGACUGAGGUACCAGUAUGCUAGAGGUCAGGCCUUCAGAACCUCCUCCAGCUCCACCAACAAUCCCAACUGGGAGGCUAAUGAGAGCAUGCGUUACUGGGAGCAGUUCAGACAGGCCCAGCCUCAGGAGAACAAGCCAGAGGAAAGGGAAAAGAAAAAGAAAAGAAACAUGCGUUUGGUGGGCUACUGCUUUCUCGCCAUGCUCCUCAGCGUCUCUGCGCAUUACUUUGGCUUCAGGAAACUGGAAGAGGUCCAUAAUAAUUUCAUGGAUGAGAAGGACAGAGUCAUCACCAAGAUCUACAAUGAAUCGAAAGAAAGAGCCAGAGCAAAUGGCGUUAAGAAGCAGCAGGAGAUCUUAAGACAGAAGCACGCGGAGUUCCUGGAGAGAUUCAAGAUCAACGAAAACGGAGAUGAGAAGUGAAGCGAGGAAGCGGCUGAUCUAAUGAAACUCAUCAACACAGGGUUAUGGACAGAGUGCAGAUUGUGGAUGAAUGUGGAAGAAUGUAUUUUGUUAAUAGUUUUUAUCAAAUUUUCUAGGGUCACUGCGUUUGAGAUCCUUAAAUAAGGUCCUUGAAUGCUCACUGGGUGUUUAAAAGGGUUACGAUGUUUUGCUUUGACUCAGACCUGUUUUUUCACCCAUAGACGUCAGAUUAAGGUCACUGAGCGCGCAAGGCAAAUCAGGCUGAUUAUAGGCCAUCAUGGCUCCUCGUAAGGUGUUAAAAACACCUGUACACAAUAUUGCCUGCAUUUACAGGCGACAUUGUAGCUGCACCUGGAAAGAGUGUUAUGGAAACAUUGCAUUCCUGAUAAAGUAGUUCAUCAAAACACUGACAA